CAUCUUACAGAUGCGCGCCUAUAUAAGAGACAAAUUCGAAAGAAGACCGCUAAUUUAACAUUUACCGUCAGAGUGAACAGUUCGUGGACACAAACUACAUCAUGAAUUGGCGAUUCACGCUCUUCAUCGCUGUUCUUGUUUUGACAGUAGAAGCGAAAAAAUAUCCACAAUCAUUUGAGGAGCAUCAGUGGGAGGAAUUCGAAGAGUUUUUAAAGUGGAAAAAAUCAAAAGAGCUGCAUGGAAAUGGACCAAGAGAGAAUAAGUACGAGAAACGAUAUUACGACGAUAGUCGUGAAGUGGACCAAACGUAUGAAAAGAAUCAACAGAGUCCCAAUAAUAAUCCACCACCAGUCGAUCAAGCUGCUCUAAUGGCAAGAUACAUUGUUAACCAUGCUGAUUGGGUAGCUGUUGCAACAAUAAGCACGCGAAAGGAUAUUGAGUCAUUUCCAGUAGCAAAUUUAAUUUCUUAUAGCGAUGGAGCCUUAGGCAAUGGAAGUGGUAUCCCAUAUCUUUACCUUACUCCGUUAGAUUUCACGGCUCAGGAUCUAGCAAAAGACAAUCGAGCUUCUUUGUUAAUGUCAUUAGCUCAAGGAGAAUACUGUAGAAACAAAGAUUGGGAUCCUAUGGAUCCUCGUUGCGCCAGAGUUAUUAUGAGCGGUAAAAUCAAACCGUUGAAAAACGAAAGUGCAGAACACGCGCUAGCCAAGAAAGUUUUCUUUGAACGCCAUCCAAAACUAGAGCAUAUGCCAGCGGACCACCAUUUCUAUUUUGCCAAGUUGAAAAUAAUGUCUAUCGCUGUUUUGGAUACUUUCGGCGGACCUAAAUAUGUUACUGUAAAUGAUUAUCUGCAUCCAAUUGCUAACGUUACCGAAGAAUUCAACCGACAUUUCCCUAUGGAAGCAUAUGAACACUCUCAAAAUAAAUAUAGUCCAGUUGCUAACAUGUUACAUCCUGUAGUUCGCCUUGUAUAAAUUAGCGUAAAAAUUAAUACAAUUACUUAUAUGUA